CUACUACUACUACUACUUCUACCAUGAGCAGUAAUCAUUCUUUAUUUACAAUGAAUCCAGUUAAUAAUAAUAAUGGAACAUCAACAACAGCGCCUGCAUCUACUCAAACAACAACACAGCAACAAUCACGUCGAAUACAAAUUCUCUGAGUACUACAAAUAUUGGUGGAGCAACAAAAGCUAUGCUUAAAAGAUUAUGGAUUAAUUGGCGUUUAAAUUCACAUCCAACAAAAUCGGAUUCAGUUCCAGAUGAUUUAGCAAAUAAUAUUAUCUGUUUAAUCGAUCGAUUGGAUAAUGAUGAAGCAUGUUGUGUUGAAGGUUUAUUCCGUAAAGCUGGGCAUACAAUACGUAAACGUCAAUUACAAGAAGCUUUACUACAAUCAUCAUUUGAUUCAAAAUUAUUUCAAUGGGAUAAAUACAGUUUUCAUGAUUUAGCUGGUGCAUUAAAAUCAAUAUUAAUACGUUUACCAGUACCAUUAUUUACAGAACGUUUAAUCCCAUUAUUUUUACAAGUAUCUGGUUUACGAAAAUUUAAACAAUUCAAUAAGAAUGAAGAGAAGACAACAUCAACGGGAACAAGUGAUGUGGAGACAACAAUUACGUCAUCAUCAUCACCAUCCACGCCAUCAAUCAAUGAAAAGAAUUUAAUUCAUCUUAUUGAAAGUAAACAGAUUAAAGCCUUGCGUUUACUCAUCCAACUGUUACCAAUAACAAAUUUACGUAUACUAAAACGCUUGUUGGAAUUGUUAAUUCGUGUGAAAGAUUUAAAUUUAAAAAAUCGUAUGACAAGUUUAUGCCUUGGUACAAUAUUUGGUCCUGUGUUAUUACCACAAGGUAUAUUGAAUGAAACAGUGCGUAGUUUAAAGAAUUCUAAAUAUCCUUCAAUGGAAUGCCAAGAGAAAUGUCUACAGUUAAGUAAACUCACCUGUCUACUCAUUGAAACUGGCCUAGAUAUCUUCCUGUUGCCUUAUUCAUUAGUACAAGACAUUUGUACAAAUAGUCCAUUUCUAUUUACAUAUAAAUCUCAGAAAUUAAGUACAGAUAUUGAGAAUAACAAUAAUAAUAAUAAUAAUAACAGUAGUGGUAAUACUAUUACUCAUAAAUUAUUCUCAAGUUAUCAUCAUCAUCACUCCUCAUAUUCUACACUGAAAAAACAAUCAGUAAAAUUCAAAGAUAUCCCGAUGUUAUUCCUCUCCUCCUCCUCGUCCUCCGCUGGAUCUUCGACUGUUUCACCGUCGAAAAAUUGUUGUUACAUGACCGAUGACAAUGACGAUUACGAUGAUUCUCCACCUUUGCGUACAGCGAUCCGGUUUGCUACACCAACACCGACAAGUGUUGCAAAUUUUCGUCAGUUCACUUCACCAACAACGCAAUCAACUAUUAAUAGUAAUAAUAAUAGUAAUAGUAAUGAUAUUGAAUAUCUUCAACGCUUUCUAUCCUCUAAUCGUCAUUAUAACACAAAUUCAUCUAUACAUCGAAAUUAUAAACAAUACUUAUUGAAUAAGUAUACAGAUCAACCGAUUAAGUCGAAGUGGAAUCGAUCAGCUGAUGAAAUCUCACUAGAUUAUUUACGAAAUUCAAGGGAAAAAGUUCAAAAAUCUAUUAGUGAAUCACAUAAUGAUGUAAUGAAGGCGAAUACCAUCACUACGCCAACCAAUUGUGGUAAUUAUCCCGUAGAAUUAAUUGGAAAAACAUGCCGAUUACAAGCGAAUUCAGUGAUUUCAUCACCGAAUUGUUUAUCACCGACAAAGUGUAGUAAAUAUACUAAAGAUAAUAUUGAUACUGUACGUAUUGACUGUAGUAAACGUAAAUUUGGUAAAAGAAGACGAUUCACAGAGCUACGAUUACCAACCACUCUGAGUCGUACAAAUGCUGGUGGAAGUGGCGUUGUUGGCAACACUGGAGGCGGCGGAUCAAGUGGACAUACUGCCCAUGGUAAUGGAAGCAGUAGUCAUCGUCGAUAUAUCUUUUCCCCGUGUCCUCCAAUCCCCCUUUUACCAUUUAAACGGUAGUGGUGCUUGUGUCGGCGGGGAUGGGGAGGAGGGGUUAGACUUGUUUUCACCCUCGUCAUUAUUAUCAUUAUCACCACCGACCUCAACUUGUCUACGGCGUCAACGACACUGACUAAAUUCAAUAAAACCAUGACAAUAACAAAUGUAUCAGAACAUCAUGGUAACUGAUUCAAUAAGUAACCUCCUUUACAUGCUCUCACCAUACUACUUAUACUAAUACUACAAAGAACACAAGAGUACCAUUUUGUACACUCUAUGCAUAUACAAGCACCAUUUCAUUCGAUUCCAUGUAAUUAUUUAUUUUUUUAAAAUGAUUUCUUCUGUUAUUAUUAUUCUUAUGUAAUAAAACAUUUAUUUUUACAAAUUUUUUGCUAAUUGUAUAGAAAUAUGUACAUAAAGCUUAUUUUCUACUCGAAAACAAUGUUAAAACUAAAUUAAAUUGAAUUAAAUUAAAUUUUUAAGUUAAUUAAAAGUACC